AUGACCAGGCUUGUCCUCUUCCAGGUCCUCCUCCUGGUGGGGCUCCUGAGCGCCCACAAGUUCUUGGGGUACCCUGAGUAUUGUCUCCAUGACCCCGAUUAUGAGGAGCUGCUGAAGAUCAUCCAGGAUGGGUUGGGACGUGCUGGGACUCCAGCCCACGUGGUGGUGGUGGGUGCAGGGAUCAGUGGCCUGACAGCAGCCAAGCUGCUCCACGAGGCUGGGCACAAGGGGUGGAAGGUGGAGAAGGGUCUCCAGGGGAGGAAGGUGGAGAAGGGUCUCCAGGGGAGGAAGGUGGAGAAGGGUCUCCAGGGGAGGAAGGUGGAGAAGGGUCUCCAGGGGAGGAAGGUGGAGAAGGGUCUCCAGGGGAGGAAGGUGGAGAAGGGUCUCCAGGGGAGGAAGGUGGAGAAGGGUCUCCAGGGGAGGAAGGUGGAGAAGGGUCUCCAGGGGAGGAAGGUGGAGAAGGUUCUCCAAGGGCUGGUCCUUGAGGUCAUCAGGCAGUUUGGGCUGAAGUUGAGCCCCUUCCAGGUGAGGGACCCCAACGCCUGGUACUUGAUCAACGGGACCCGGAUCCGGGCCGGGGAGGUGGAGAAGAACCCUGAUGUCCUCAACUACCCCGUGAAGCCAUCAGAGAAGGGCAAGAGUCCCACUCAGCUCUACAGGGAAGCCCUGGACAAGGCUCUGCAGAAGUUCCAGAGUGUGGACUGCAAGAAGUUUCUGGCUGAACACGACUCCUUCUCCACCAAGGAGUACCUGAUCAAGGUGGGAAACCUGAGCAGAGGAGCAGUUCAGAUGAUUGGUGACCUGAUGAACGAGGACUCCGGGUUUUAUCUCUCCUUCCUGGCCUCCCUGUGGGACUUUGGUGUCUUCUCUUCAGAGAGGUUCUUCGAGAUCACGGGGGGGUUUGACCAGUUGCCCAAGGCCUUUCUCAAGGCCUUGCCCGACGUCGUCCGGUUCAACUGCACCGUGGAGAAGAUCAUGACCCAGGACAACCAAGUCCAAGUCUUCUACCGAGCUCCAGACACUUUGGCCCCAUCCAGAAUCUCUGCUGAUUACGUCCUGGUCACCUCCACGGCCAAGGCCACCAGGCACAUCCACUUCCACCCCCCUCUUUCUCCACCCAAAACCCAAGCCCUCCGUUCCAUCCACUACGCCGGGGCCACCAAAAUAAUCCUGGUUUGUUCCCAGAAGUUCUGGGAGCAGGAUGGGAUCCGAGGAGGACCUUCCAUCACCGACCACCCUUCCAGGUUCAUCUACUACCCCAACCACAACUUCUCCAGCGGGGUGGGGGUCAUCUUGGCUUCCUACACCUGGAAUGAAGACUCCCUGUUCUUCCUGUCCCUCUCGGAUCAGGCCUGUCUGGACGUGGUUUAUCAAGACCUGGCCGAGAUCCACCAACUCAACAAGGACUUCCUGCAGGAGAUCUGCGACCGGUACGUGAUCCACAAGUGGGAGCUGGACCAACAUUCCAUGGGGGCCUUCGCUGCCUUCACCCCUUUCCAGUUUGUGGAUUAUUCCCAGGAGCUUUUCCAGCCCGAGGGGAGGGUCCAUUUUGCAGGAGAACACGUGGCUCAACCUCAUGGUUGGCUUGAAACCGCCGUGAAAUCGGCCGUCAGGGCCGCCAGCAACAUUCUUCACCAGGCCCAGGUGGAGGAGGAGGAGGAGGAGAAGAUGGGGACCUUCCUCCCCAUGGAAGAUCUCUGA